UUUCAGGCAGAUGCAGUGAAUCCUUCCCUUAUUCCUGACGCCGAUGCUGUGGGAGUGACGGUCAUUUUGAUAACCUGCACUUACAGGAUUGGGUACUAUGUAAAUAAUGAAUACAAUGAUCCAGAGCUGCGGGAAAACCCUCCUGUAAAACCCGAUUUCUCUAAGCUUCAGAGAAACAUUUUGGCAUCAAAUCCACGAGUUGCAAGGUUCCACAUCAACUCGGACGACAGCAGUGAAAAGACAGAGGACUCUGACUACACAGUUCCUAAUGUGCACUCUGUUCUUUCCACGAGCACAUUGUCCUCAGAUUCAAAGAACUUGACUGUGUCAGCAGACUCACUGAGUGCUGUGGGCAUUCCCAUGGACAGCCUGUGA